UUACAAUUAUCAUGCAAUCUAGAAUUAAGUAUUCUAUCCGACUUUCCUAAUUAAUGAGAGGAACUAUACUAACCAGGUGAAGGAGGAUGUCAAGGACAACCGUAACCAGAGCUGCCAUGAGGCGUGACGUAGUCAUAUCUGAAUAUGUUACUUAUAGUGUGCUGUAUACGUCAACCAUAAUUUGUAACAAGUACGUCCUGACUUCACUUGGAUUUCAAUUCCCGACGAUAUUUCAAGCAUGGCAGACUUUUAUUGGAUUAUUUCUGAUGCAUGCAGUGGGAGGAUUCAAAGUAAAACAAAUGGUACUAAGAGACAUCGGCCCAUGGGUUCCAGCGAUGAUGUUGUAUGUUGGAACUAUUGUAUCAGGGUCCAUAGCCCUCAGUAAAUUGCCUAUCCCUAUGUUUAUACUAGGGCAAGGCUGUGGGGACGUUAUUCUAUUAUUAUUUAACGAGCAUAUGCCAAGUACAAUAGCCAUGUUCAGUUUUCCUGUUAAACUUGCCGCUGCAAUCAUCGCAUCUUGGUCUGCGAUACAACAAUCAUGGUAUACAGCCCUCUUGUGGCUCAUUGCACAUGCAAUAUUUUCUGGAGCGUAUCGUUCUGUAUCUUUAUGGUAUUCAACGCCACAUUGGCCAUAUUCUAAUCUGACUAUCCAACAAAGGCAAUAUUUGAAUUAUUUCUUCAGUACUUGUGUUCUGCUGCCCUUAAUAUUUGCAUUUGGACAUCAUGAAAAAGCAAAAUCUUUUCCGCAUUUAAAUGCGAGUAGAUUUUACAUAGGAAGUAUAUGUAGCGGUAUCUUUGGAUGGGCAGUUAAUAAAUUAUGGAUGCGAUUAUUUUUCCAUGCAGCCUCGGAUGCAAAAACUCAUGCCACCCAACUUUUCUCUAAAGUUUUAAUUUUACUCAUAUCGAUGAAUAUAUAUCCUUAUACUUUUUCGUGGAGUAUAUGGAUUGGGAUUUUGUUGAAUUUAAUUGCUGACGUCCUACAGAUUCUUGAUUCUAAUUUUGAUCAAGAUCUUCCGACUGGCGAGGAGAUGCACGACGUUUUAGUUUCGUUUUAACAAAGUUUUUAAAUCUUUAAUUUAUGGUGCGAAUCAUUAUAUAUAUUUUGUCUUCUUCAAAUCUUUUUCUGUCCAAAUUUGCAAUUUACAGUUCCACAAAGUUUAAUUUCUUUAAAUUUACACCUAUAUUGUUGUCGUCACAUUUGAGGCUAUGGAGUUAGGAAAAGUAAUAGGAUAGGAUUUACAUAUUUAUCCUGGGGGAGAGGAAAGCCGAUAAGACGGCUUAUCCAUAUGGCGAACCACGGCCUCUCGUUAACCAAUGGGUUUAGCACCCGCAUAUAGAUUGAACCCGCGAAUAGACACAUGGGUUCAAAUGUACGUGGGUUCAAAUGUACGGUCACCGAAACCUUCACCUCGAAUCCAGCCCAAAAAGCAAUAAAUAUAUUCUAAACUUUGGACUACCCUGAGAUUUACAAAUCGGUUCAUUCACAUUAAGGAUUUCUUAUUCUCUUAGCUUCCCCAUUUGAAAGUGGGUAUCAAUGAUCCCUUUCGUAAGAGUAGAAAUUCUGUACCACAUUAUCUCACAUGGUACUAAGAGGUUAUGCUGCAGUCAUUUUGUACAAAAAAUUAUUGAGUGGAAAACAAAUUAUAU